AUGUUUCGUGUAGCUGUCGGUGCUGGGCGCCUGCAGCCACCCGUAUGCAGCGUAGCACUUGUACAGACAGCUCCAUUUCAUGCGUCUGCAUUUGCACUGGAGAGCAAGCGGCGGCGCGCGUCACGCUUGCGUCGGACAGCGAACGUGGCGCAGCGCGACGUCAAAGAGCGCCUAUUCGAAAUGACAAAGCCAGACCCAGUUUUGGCGCACCAGCUGAACGAUGAAGGGUAUGAAUAUUGGAAACAGUCCGAGCUUGCAAAGCUUAUUUUAUCCAAGGAAGAGGUAUGGGGCUUUACAGAAGAUCGCCGCGGUAAACUGGUGCCUGUAGCGCCUGCAUCCCACCCCGACGAUGCAAAAGUGGAUGCUGAGGCGAGUCAGUUUGGCGGGCCGCGCCGGAUGAAUUUUGGCUUGACUUCUUCCAACCGAAAAAUGCUCUUCCAGUCGCUGCCCCGUGUCAUGGCCGAGGACCGUGUCUUGGACGCGUCGAGUAUUCACAUCGCCGCUGAAGAAGGCGCCGCGAAACUUGCUGAAGAGCUUGCGCAUUACGAGUUGGAGCAGCAGCAGAAUGUUUCCACGCUUGCGCGGAUACUGGAUCUGCGCAAUGCAAGCGGAAAAGGAAUUCAAGUGGAAAAUACGCGGCGCAUCAUUGCGCAUUUCGGCGCGCGCGACGACGGUCGUGGGCCGAACACGGGCUCGCCUGAAGUGCAGGCCGCCGUACUUACAUACCGUAUUCGCAACCUGGCUGAGCACCUGCGUGACGCGCGACACGACAAUAGCAAUCGGCGCUCGAUGACAAUCCUGAUUCAUCAGCGCGCGCGCAUCCUGCGCUACUUGAAAUUGCGGGAUCCGAUCCGCUAUCAAAACUUUCUUCCCCGCAUUGGCGUCGAAGCGCGUGCCGUGGAAGGAGAACUCAUUGUUCCUGGCAAGCCCAAGGUAAAGCGUAUUUAG